UACUAGGGCGACGGGCCGGACGCCUUCUGGCUUCGGAAUGAAUUAGCGGCGGGUUCUUCUCGGAGGCUGUGACCCCUUUGGAGUCUCCCAGCUCGCCCCCGCGCCCCCCUCGACGUCCCGCCGCGUCCCCUAUCAGUCACAGGUGGGAGGCUGGAACUGUCAGGCUGGACGACGGAGUUGGAACUCCUUCCUGGGAAGGUGGCAACAAAGGAUGAGGUGAUAUGUGUAUUACAGGGAAAAAUAAGUUGUGAUGCUUCUAAACCAAGUGGCUUCUAGCUGCUGAAUGAACUUUCUGAAAGCGGGAUUAUAAACGCCUUGGAAUCAUGGUGUCAUGGAAAGGGAUAUACUUCAUACUCACUCUAUUUUGGGGAAGCUUUUUUGGAAGCAUUUUCAUGCUGGGUCCCUUUUUACCUUUGAUGUUUGUAAACCCGUCUUGGUAUCGCUGGAUCAACAACCGUCUUGUGGCAACUUGGCUCACGUUACCUGUGGCAUUAUUGGAGACCAUGUUUGGGGUAAGAGUGAUUAUAACAGGUGAUGCAUUUGUUCCUGGGGAAAGAAGCGUUAUCAUCAUGAACCAUCGUACAAGAAUGGACUGGAUGUUCCUAUGGAAUUGCCUGAUGAGAUACAGCUAUCUCCGACUGGAGAAAAUUUGCCUCAAAGCCAGUCUCAAAAGUGUUCCUGGAUUUGGUUGGGCGAUGCAGGCUGCUGCCUAUAUCUUCAUUCAUAGAAAGUGGAAGGAUGACAAGAGCCAUUUUGAAGACAUGAUUGAUUAUUUUUGUGAUAUUCACGAACCACUUCAACUUCUCAUAUUCCCAGAAGGAACUGAUCUAACAGAAAAUAGCAAGGCUCGAAGUAAUGAUUUUGCUGAAAAGAAUGGACUUCAGAAAUAUGAGUAUGUCCUACAUCCAAGAACUACAGGCUUUACUUUUGUGGUGGACCGUCUGAGAGAAGGCAAGAAUCUUGAUGCUGUGCAUGACAUCACGGUGGCAUAUCCCCACAACAUCCCCCAGACAGAGCGGCAUCUCCUACAGGGUGACUUCCCUAAGGAAAUCCACUUCCACGUCCACCGGCAUCCCAUAGACACCCUCCCCACCUCCAAGGAGGACCUUCAGCUCUGGUGCCACAAGCGCUGGGAAGAGAAAGAGGAGAGGCUGCGCGCCUUCUAUCAGGGGGAGAAGAAUUUCUACUUUACAGGACAGAGUCUGGUUCCCCCUUGCAAGUCCGAGCUCAGGGUCCUCAUGGUCAAGUUGCUGUCUGUCCUCUACUGGACCCUGUUCAGCCCUGCCAUGUGCCUCCUCAUCUACCUGUACAGUCUUGUGCGGUGGUAUUUUAUAAUCACCAUUGUGGUCUUCGUGCUCCAAGAGAGAAUCUUUGGUGGACUAGAGAUCAUCGAACUUGCUUGUUACCGUUUUUUACACAAACAGGCACAUUUAAACUCAAAGAAAAAUGAGUAAUGUAAGGUUCAUAAUGUAAAUACUUAGGGGAUUAUUUUGGAAAUGUUCUAAGCCUUUGUAAAUUAAGAUGCAUUUUUGCAUGACUGUGUAAGAUAUUUCUUACUACCACCUUAUUUGUUAAAGAUAUUUUGCACUUGAUUUUGUGGGAAAAAUAUUGCUACACACAUGAUUUUUUUUUAGAUCUCUGAAUGUAAUUUCAAUACUGCAUAUGUAGCAGAAAGUGACUGCUGUGAAAUAACUCCAGCCAGAGUAUUAUUAAACAAUCAUCAGGCUCUUAA